AUGCAUCUCUCAUCUAAUCCGACCAGCUCUGCGCAGGCGCAUCUGGGAACCACUGCCCCUCCCACCUUCGACAAAGAUGUUGUCGUUCAAUCACGAGAAACUGGCGAUGUGAUCCCGAACCGGACGCCGCCGGGCAGCCAGGAGGAGACCAAGGUCAAGCCAUGGGCGCAUUUUGUUGCUGGCGGCAUCGGAGGCAUGACGGCCGCAACGCUCACGUCGCCGCUCGACGUGUUGAAGACGCGACUCCAAUCGGAUUUCUACCAAGCGCAGCUCCAGACUCUCCGUGCCUCUCACCCGCCACCGCCGCCGACCUCCUCUUCCGUCGUGUCCCUUACCCGGAGUGCUGCGAUGCACUUCGGCGAGACCUUCCAGAUCCUCCGCUCCAUACACGUCCAUGAAGGCUGGCGCGCAUUGUUCAAGGGACUGGGCCCAAACUUGAUUGGCGUGGUUCCGGCGCGCGCCAUUAACUUCUCCGUCUACGGAAACGGCAAACGCAUCCUCAGCGAGCACUUCGACUACCGGACGGCAACCAACCCGAUAUGGCUCGUAAAAACUCGCCUGCAGCUGGACAAGUCGAACGCGGAGCAUGGCAAGAGCCGGCAGUACCGGAAUAGCUUUGACUGCAUCAAGCAGACGGUGCGCCACGAGGGUGUGCGCGGUCUCUACAAGGGCUUGUCUGCCUCGUACCUGGGUGUCACGGAGUCGUCGCUCCAGUGGGUUAUGUACGAGCAGAUGAAGAUGUUCCUUCAACGCCGCGACGAUGCCAAGCGCGCGGACCCGACAUACGACUACUCUACCUCGGAUGCGGUUGAGCUCUGGGGUGGUCGGGUCACUGCGGCCGGUGCGGCGAAGCUGGUCGCUGCUGCCAUCACCUACCCCCAUGAGGUGGUGCGCACACGCUUGCGUCAAGCGCCGACGGUCUCGGUGGGCAACGGCAAGGUAGAGAUGAAGUACACGGGGCUCGUACAAUGCUUCAAGACCGUUUGGGUCGAAGAGGGAAUGGUCGGACUCUACGGCGGCCUGACGCCACAUCUGCUCCGAGUUGUUCCAUCGGCGGCAAUUAUGUUUGGAAUGUACGAGUUCAUUCUGCGUGUAUUCAACACGACGUCGUGA